CUCUCUCUGCGCGGUGGGCGUGGUAUGAGUCGGGAAAACAAUCUGCAGACGCACACAGAUACUUCCUCUCCCCGUAGGAGUUGACUAGUUUUCCCCCCGCGCGUCUCACCGUCACCCGGCCGUGCCUACUUUCAGACACCGCUUGGCAGUGGGUUCGAGCGCCUGGGCAGAUAUUUGCGCUGCUCUCCAUCUCCUACUUUGUUCCUUGCUCUGAUUUCAAAUGGGGGGAGCGGACUGCAGCACAGAGAGCCGAGAACCGACAGCAGCGCUUUGAACAGGCGAAUCCUCAUGCAUUAGUGGCAGACUGCACUUUGAAAGCAAAAAGAAGAAGAAGAAGCAGCAGCAGCAGCCGCAACGUACUUUGGGCAAACAUGAGCGGAGGAGAAAUCAUCUUUCAGGGCUGGCUGAGGAAAUCACCCCCGGAGAAAAAGCUGAGGAGAUAUGCAUGGAAGAAGCGUUGGUUUAUACUUCGGAGUGGCCGAAUGAGCGGUGAUCCUGAUGUUCUCGAGUACUACAAGAACGACCACUCAAAGAAGCCCAUCCGGGUCAUCGACCUGCACUGCUGCGAGCAGGUGGACGCUGGCCUGACCUUCAAGAGGAAGGAGUUCCAGGACAGCUUUGUUUUCGACAUCAAGACGUCCGAUCGCACUUUUUAUCUCGUCGCCGAGACGGAGGACGAGAUGAACAAGUGGGUCCGCUCCAUCUGCCAGCUGUGUGGUUUUAACCAGUCGGAUGACCCUCAUGAGAGCAGAUUACACCAUAUGCCUAGAUCUGUUGGAGCAGAUGUCACCGGCUCGAUGGCUCCUGUGAGCGGGGAACGGAAGUCAUCGGCGCCUGUCCACUCCAGCCAGCCGGUGCUCUUCACCUUCGACGUGCCCGUGCGCCACUCGCACCACGGCUCCCUGUCCAACAGCGCUCCUCAGGACUACCUCCUCCUCCACCAGUGCAUGAGCAGGAAGACAGAGAGUGCACGGAGUGCCAGUUUCUCUCAAUCCACACGAAGCAAUACAUUUCUGGGGAGCGACUCUCCGGUGCAGAAAUUUUCUUACGGCUUCUCAAACUGUCUAAACGGCACAGGAGCUCAGCUGCACGGCUUCUACAGCCUACCCAAACCAGGAAAGCAUCAGCUGUCCGUGCACGAUGAUUCGUCACAGGAGGCCUGCUACGUUCUUCCGCGGGGUUACAGUUCUGAGGCCCCACCUCAUAGCAGCCUCGGCGACCCUGACUUUGAGAACGAGGAGGUGUAUACCUUCAAAACUCCCUGCAACACCCUCGCCACCAUGCACAGCAACGAGCGCUCGCCAGACAAUUAUGACUUUCCCACCACGCCUGGCUCCUUUUAUCAGAUCCCACGGACAUUUGACAAGAACCACAACUCCCUGACGCCAUCCAGCUCUGAAUCCUCCUGCGCUCCUCCACCUAGGCCCCCUAAACCUACCCAGGGGUCUGAGGGGAACUGGGGGAGUCCCCUGUCGGCUGGGAGUCAGAAUGGGGAGAUGACAUCUGCAGUGUCUGCCCUUCCACGCAGGAACACUCUCCCUGCUGUGGAGAAUAUCAGGCUCCACAGAGGCUCUUCCUUUGAAAUCAACAACCACCAGCGUUUGUUUCACUUCAACAACUCGGGCCAGUCUGUGGAGUCUGUUAAUGACGGGUUCAGCUCAUACCUGAGGAGCCAGACCCCCUUGACGCGCUCAGACAGUGGUAAUUCGGAUGACAACUAUGUUCCCAUGAAUCCAGGCUCCUCACCACUCAGCGCCGCGCAGGCUGACAGUCCUAAGAAUGUCUACAUUCCCAUGAGUCCUGGGCCUCACCACUUCGAUUUCCCAGGGUUCUCUGCAACACUACCUGCCCGAAAGGCGAGCAGUGCGUCCUUGUGUCACAGGCCCGGUCGUCUGAGUGAUGUUACACCACCUCCCAUCAACCGUAACCUUAAACCGAACAGGAAACCAAAGCCAACACCACUUGAUUUAAGGAACAAUGGGAUCAUAGAUGAGCUGCCGUAUAAGAGCCCCGUCACCAUGUCCUGGACGCGUCCCAUGCAUGAGAUGAACUCCUCCCACCACUGUCGACCAAUCUCCACGCAGAGCAUCACCAGCACCGACUCUGGAGACAGCGAGGAGAAUUAUGUGGCUAUGCAGAAUCCAGCAUCUACCUCCCCAGCCAUGAGUGGCACCAGCAGCCCAGCCCCUCGGAAGUCUGGGAACGUGGACUAUUUGGCACUGGACUUCCAGCCUGGCUCACCCAGCCCACACAGAAAGCCCUCCACAUCUUCUGUGACGUCUGAUGAGAAAGUGGACUACGUCCAAGUGGACAAAGAAAAGACGCAGGCGCUUCAAAAUACGAUGCAGGAGUGGACCGAUGUACGGCAGUCAGCUGAGCCUGUCAAGGGCGUCAAAUCCUGACACUGACUCGUACAAAAAUUGAAGAACUGAAAUCCCUUGUUAAGUCUCCAGGAUUAUGCUUGGAUCACUACCAUAAAUAGCAGUUGGACUUGUGUAAGACUUAAAUUUCGGGGCAAAAAGCCAUAAUUAUCCUAUGCCUGUUCUCUCUGUGAUAAUUACUUCUGCAGUGCACUGCUAGCAUGCAGGAUAUCAGGACAUACAGGUAAAAGCAAGCUGCCAAAGCUUUAAAAAUAGACUGUUGGAGUGUAUAAAACUAUCAUAUUCAACCAUCACUCCGGUUCGCUCGAAUAUAUUGUAUGAUUAAACAUGUCCCACCAGACCUCAGCAGAUAUUGGUUGCGUCCAGAUGGUAAUUUACUCUGAGCAGCAGUGCUAGUUAACUGGUCGAUAACUAUAUUAAUAUACUGUGACAGUACGCAUACAGGUCUCAGGAAUGCCAAGAAACUCUCGUAUUUGAACACACGUUCUCGUUUUUCCCCCACUUCAAUCUGUCAUUUGUGCUGAGUCUUGCAGUAGCACUAAGGAGGAGAUUAUUUUCACUGCAGGCAAUCAUUUCAGCUUAGCAGUGCAUGUCUGGCAAGAGGAAAGGGGAGACAGAAAUAUAGCCAUCCAAAUAUGCAAAAGGCCUGUGUCAAGAUUACCUAAUGAUAACUGCACAUGACGGUUGCCUCAGUUUCAAUUAGGUGAGAAACCAAACCAGAUUUAGAAGCUGUCAGGCUCAGGAUGGCAGUCCAAUUAUUUCUGUGUUGCUAUCAAGUUAGUAGUGUUCAGAUGAACAGAACUAAUGAAAGGAAAAAAAACAAACUUGUAGGGCUUUGAAGGGCAUUUAUCAUUGUUGUUGCUGCCUUUUCAGUGAGUUAUUAUCCUACUUUAGAUUUAUUAAUCUCCAUGACUGAAAUCAAGAAUUUGUAUAAAAGAACAGAACAAAACAAAAUUAAACAAAACCCAAAACUAAGAAAGUCACAAUGUUCAAUAAGAGAUGCCAAACAAAGACAGCAAGUUAUCCACCUCUUAUUUAAAUUCAUAAAGCCAACAUUCAUAUAGAAACAUAUGCGAGAAAUUUUGCCCUAGAGCGGUGUAGAGGAAAUCUAAAAAAAUAUGGGCUGUCUACAGAAAGAUUUAAAUAACUGCAUUUCAAAAGUCAAAAUGUAUGACACUGGAUUUAUAUUGAUAUUGCAAUUUCUCCUCUGGUUCUGAUUAACUAGUUACCCUGAUGUGCUCAACCAUGUGUUGGCACAUUUAAAAAGUCUGUGUUACCAUAACAAGGCUAUACAGCUAUACAGUAGUUAUGCUAGUCUUUUCUCCACAUAAUCAGUCUGUGUAUUAGUCAUGAAGGUUCAACUGCACCAAAGUGAGGUAGUAAUAUUUUAAGAUAGUGAUAUAAAAUCAGACUGCACCUCUAAUCAAAUACUGUCACCUUCAUUUUUUUCGGACAGAGAGAUAAAUCGAGUCAUGACUGAAGCUAGUUAUUUCAGGUAAACACACAGGAGAUCGUUUGUAAAAUAUGGCUGUUGAUUUCGCCCAAUCUGUGGAAGUCAGAAGAUGCCUUGCACUGAUAGAGAACAUAAAAAGUAAAAACUACUGUAAAAGGAACCACUAUAUUGCCUGAAGAACUUUAAGCUCAUAAACAACAACUAUAGUUGCCUUGGUGGUUUGGCUGUUGACUACCUGCUCAAGCCUGUUUUUCGUGGCCAUGGCAUGAAUUGUGAUGUGUCCUUUUCCCUAAAGUUUGGGUUGUUCAAGCAAAAGUGCUCCCUUUGUCGUUUUUUUCUUGCUUGCCAUUAGGCAGCCACACGUCCAUGUGUUGUUAAUCAAGAAAACAGUGUACAUCAUAUGUACAGUUCUCCAUCAGUCACAUCAUCAUCCAUAUAUGGUACUGACUUAAUGUUUCCAAGUGGCUACAAAGACAAAAAAAUGCUAUACUUCCAAUAUUUAGAGGUUUUCCUGGCUAUGAAAUAUAUUUUCCCUUUAAAGUAUUUUCACAUGAAGCUCCAUGCAACUGUGCACUGACCAAGAAACCUUAGUAGGUGGGAGUAAAAAAUAAAGAUAGAGGUGCUCCAUUACACAAGUUAUAGAUGAAUAGUAGUAUAUGUCAAGCAUUCACAGCAUUGGCAUCAAGCCUAACAUUUCCCACACUACAUCUCUGAACAUUAAUUAUAUGUAAAUUAUUAACAUAAUGACAUAUUUAAGUGCAUCUUGUUGACUGUUUGAAAUUUGUUGCACUUGUCUGGUACAAAAAAGUGCUCUACAUUAACACAGGAACUCAUCAGUAAUGAUAUUUAUAUAAAAUUGAGAAGUUCAUUUCAGAUACUUCUGUGUUUCUCAAAUUUGCCUUAUAUUUUCAUUUUAUUUUAGAAUGUAGUUCCUGCUGUGGAGGAGUUUGAUUAUUGAUUAUUUUGUCCAAACCAGGACCCCAUUGUAUUCAGAACAACUGGGUGAUCAGUUUCUAACUGAAGUGAAGUCCGGUAUUUCAUUGUGGGCUGGAACCACUUAUUAAGAAAAGCAUGGUCAUGCAGUGCUGGAUGGUGUUAUCAAUUAAUAUUUACUGCUUAUGUUUUUCUACACUUUUUUAGUUUUUUCAGAAUCUUUUUAAUCAUUUUUACUAUUGAUUCACAUAACCAAGUGUUAUAUAGAAACGGAGGCUAAAUUUAGCAAACGUGUUGUAGAUUGUAUUUAAUUCAGCUUUGAAUUCCAAAAUAGGCUUUUCAAGAACCACUCAAAUAUUUGGGAUGGCUGGUAAGACUGAUAACAUUCCCAGAUGAACUGUGAUUUACAAAGAGGGGAGAAAAGAUUGAAGAAGAAGAGCUUGUCUACCUGUCAGUCUCUGAAGUGAAGUGGAGGUGUAAUUUAUUAUCUAGAGAUACUCGCUGUGAGCAGGGGAGCUGUGUACGUGUUUUGGUAGAUUGAGCUGAGUUAUGUUCAGUGACAGCCUGGCAGUUCGAGACUGAAAACAAUCCUCAGAUCUACUGUCAGACCGAUGACGUACUGUACUGAUAAUGAUCUUUUUUCUUUUUUUUUUUUUUUUUUAAGAAAACCACUGUUAUUGCUACUACUGUAAAGCAUUUGCAGACUGCUUGUGUGUUAACUUAUUAAUUUAUUGUGUGUUUUACAGUUGAUAAUUGUAAAAAAAAAAAAAACAACAAAGAAAAAUAAGUGAGGAAAAAUUCUCUACUAACAUUAAUGUAUAUCUUCACUUUUUUUUUCUAAAGAGUUUGAGAAGUUAUGCAAGUGUGAUUGCAACGUGGUUCAGUUAAUUUUGGAUACACAAGUGUACCUUGUUAUUCCAAUAUUAUGGUCGACUUAAACUGUGGAAGUAGAAUAAAUCAAGGAGUUAAA